AUGCAAGAAGUUAUACAUGCACAGCUUAGUACUCCAGAUAAUAUUGAGUGUCCAAGCAUCCUUGAAGAGGAUUAUUAUAAACUCAAUUUUUGGUCAUCCAAGACAGUUUAUCAAUUGGACCUACAGAAAUUGAUGAGUGCUUUCUUUGUUUUUACAAUGCCAACAUCGAAAUAUGACAUGAUCUCAACUUACCGACAAUUUCUUCAAAUAUUGAUAAACUUUAUCAACUCAACCGUUUAUACAAUGUGGAUAUUUGUGGCAAUGAAAUUCAGAAUGUCGAUAUCUCUACUACUUAAAUAUUUUCUUGUCAAGUUUGCGGGAACCAGUUCAAUUUUAAAUCAAAUUUUACAAGGUAUCCUAAAAAAUAUGAAAUAUAUAUUGUAUGAGAAGAGAAAGGUGUUAGGUCCCAUUGCUUCUACUAGUUUGUGUAAAGAAGAUAUUUGUGUUAUCUUUACAAGUGAUUUAGGAUCGAUCAUUGUAUUCAAAAAAUAA